AUGGCAGGAUUUCGUCUUUUAGAUUUGGUUAAAUUCUUUUUACCAAUUCUACCAGAAAUAGAAUACCCAUUUGAAAAAAUUAGUUUUGAUGAAAGAAUAGUAUAUACGGUUAGUUGUGCUGUAAUAUUCUUAUUUGGACAAUUACCAAUUUAUGGAUUAAAAAAAAAUGCACAAUUUUAUAUUGAAGAUCCAUUUUAUAAUUUUAGAUCAAUCUUCAGUAUGCAACAAGGUACAUUAUUAGAAUUUGGUUUAUUACCAGUUUUAACUUCAGGUUUUAUUUGGCAAAUUGCUGUUGGAUUAAGAUUAAUUAAUGUUAAUUUAGGAAAUAGAUUAGAUAGAGAAUUAUUUCAAACUGGACAAAAAUUAACUUCAUUCAUUUUGGCUAUAAUUUAUACUGUUAUUUUCAUUUAUGUUGGAUAUUUUGAUAAUGUUAUAAAAGGUUAUAAUCCAAUUGAAAUUGGUGGUAAUAUUCCAUGGGGUUCAUAUUUUUUAAUUGGUUUACAACUUUGUUCAUGGUCAUGGAUAAUUACUUUAUUGGUUGAAAUUUUUGAUAAAGGUUAUGGAUUUGGAUCUGGUAGUUUAUGUUUUUUAAUUUUAGAAAGUGCAACAAAUUUUAUUGCUGAUUUAGUUGGUGUUGAAAUUUAUCCUUUAGUUAAUUCAAAUAAAUUUGAAACUUAUGGUGCUUCAUUAAAUUUAAUUAAAAAUUUUAAGAUUUUUAGUCCAAAAGAAACUGCAUUUCAAAUUUAUCAUGCAUUUACAAGAAUUCAAUUUCCAAAUUUAACUCAAUUUUAUAUUUCCUUAUUCUCAAUAUUGGUAGUUAUUGGUUUACAAAAUUUUAGAAUUGAAGUUCCGAUUAGAUCAACUAAAAUGAGAGGAAUGAAUAAUAUUUAUCCAAUCAAAUUAUUAUAUUGUGGUGCAUUACCAUUAUUAUUUGCAUAUACAAUAAUUGCAAAUUUGAAAAUAUUCAAUUAUUUGUUUAAUUUUGCAUUAUCUCCAUAUUUCCCAACAUUGACUUUUAAAUUAUAUGGAUCAAGAAAAGUUUUAAAUUCAACUAUUAUUUCAUUUGCAUUUUCUAUAAUUGAGGCUUUUGCAGUUAUUAUUUUAUCUUCUUGGUUUGCUAAUAAAUGGUCAUUUAUUUCUGGUUCUUCUCCAAGAGAUAUUUCAAAACAAUUUAAAGACCAAGGUAUAAGUAUUUCUGGAAAACGUGAUGUUUCAAUAACGAAAGAAUUUAAUAGAAUUAUUCCAGUUGCUUCAGUUUCUGGUGCUUUUAUAAUUGCUGUUGUUGCUGUAAUUGGUGAAUUUUUUGGAGGUUUAGGAAAAGGAGUUUCUGUAAUUGUUGGAGUUGCUUCUGCUUUUGGUAUAUUGGAAGAAUUUAUGAUUGAAUAUCAACAAGCUGGUGGUUCACAAUUUACAAAUGCAUUAAGUGGAUUUCAAUAA